ACUCCCUCGCUGCGCUCCCCAGCUCAGGCCUACCCAGGGACGAAGCUGGGGUUGCACACCGGCUCCGGGAAUGGCGAAAUACCGCACAUGGGGUGGUGGGGGUGGGAAUAUCGCGACCACCAGAGGCUGGGUUCCCGGAACGCUCGGGGACGGAGAUGGCCAGCAACCACAAGGAAAUGGGGAAAAUGGGGAAAAUGGGGAAGUUGCGCGGGCAGGACGGCACGGACGCCGCGGACGACCGGGCGCACAGGCCUGAGCGAGCGAGCGAGUGAGCGGGUGCCAAGCAAGAGACCCGCGGUGCACACCUUGCGCCCGGCCCGCCUGCUGCUCACAGUCCCUCCACGUACCCACAGGAGGCCCAGACUCAGCGGGGCGGGUGCAAGCGCGGGGCGGGGCCUCUGCGUCCGGUCCCAUCUCCGCCUGCAAAAGGAGCAGCUGGCUCCAGGCUCCAACGCGCCUUCCAGCUGCCUGACUGCCUCUUCGCCUCUCCCGUCCUUUCUUGGCUCGAAAUGGACCCCAACUGCUCCUGCGCCACUGGUGUCUCCUGCGCCUGCGCCAGCUCCUGCAAGUGCAAAGAGUGCAAAUGCACCUCCUGCAAGAAGAGCUGCUGCUCCUGCUGCCCCAUGGGCUGUGCCAAGUGUGCCCAGGGCUGCGUCUGCAAAGGGGAGUCGGAGAAGUGCAGCUGCUGUGCCUGAUGUGGGGACAGCCCUGCUCCCAGAUGUAAACAGAGCAACCUGUACAAACCUGGAUUUUUUUUUUUCAUACAACCCUGAGCAUUUGCUACAUUCCUUUUUCUAUUAAAUAUGUAAAUGACAAUAAAACAGUUUUGACUUGA